CGACGGUGGAACUACUCCCCAAGAAGGAUUCCCUACUUUUCGUCUUUCCACGGCGGUGAAUAUAAACCAUGGUCAAAAAGAUGGGCAGUGACUAUCCCAAGGAGAUUCAGGAACUGCGAAAAGUGGGAUUCAAAUCGAAUGGAAGCCUCAAACCUGCGAUACUACGGACCAAAUCUUGAUGGGCAAGGUAGGGUCUCAGCUCUCAUAGAAAGUAAGGCUUUCAAUUUCAGUUCUUCCGCAGGGCUUCUCCAAAUUUCAGAAUCAAAAAGAGGUAUAUCUCAGACCAUCUCUGCCUCUAAAUCUGCUUGUAAAUGGUUAAUUGAUAAUCUGGGAAGCCACAGACAAGGCUGGUCCUUAACCUGGUAUGAGGGGGAUUCCUCUUUAAAUGUUCUUUGGGACUCCAACACUUAUGGCGAGUUUAUACGGUUAUCACAGUCUAAAGAGGGUUCUCACUCUCAGAUUUUCAUACCAGCGGGUUUGGGGAACAAAGGCAUUCAUCUGUUUCAUAAAGCCCUUAAAUUCUUUGAAAGUUUCCUCAAUGAUAAGGAACUGGACGAGGUAUUAUCUGGCAGAAUUGAGCAAGAGGAAAUUCAGAGGGAACAAGAUAGGCGGGAAGAACAACUCAUAGAUAGGUUCGGGGAGGAAAAAAUAGCAAAAACUGUCUCAAUCUCCUCAGGGCUUCUGGGGAUAGAUAUAGCAAGGGCUGCCAUGACUAACUCUCAAAAUUCUCCUAAGGAAGGGGAUGCCGAAGAAGAAGAAUUACCCAGGGAGGCCAUUAAGGCGGACAAGCUAUUCGCCCCAAUCUUUCAGAGCUACUUUGAGGCGAUUUUUAGAGAAACAGAGGAAUAUAUUCGCGAAAAGCUUGCGCAAAAAGGUCUUUUGGAGCUACUACAGAAGGGUCUCCUUCAGGAUGAAACAUGGGCAGCGUAUAGGAUUACAAGAGAGAUAGUGAAGAGUAUGGAAAAUGUGGAUUUAGUUCACAUCAAGGGCACAAAAUAUCCAAUCUUUUUGGCCUAUGCAAACUAUGAUGCUGAUACUGUUAUGGCACAUAACAGAGGUGACUCACAAUAACUUUGGUUUAGUUUCUCUAAUAAGGGGAGUUGCUGUCUCUGAUAUUAAGGCUGAAGAGUCACAAACUACAAUUGGUUAACUCCUUUCAUUGCAUUCAGGAAAAAAGAAGCCCUUGGUAUUUGAAUUAGUUUUGUUUUAUGUUUGCUGUCUUAAUAGCUCAAGGGCCAAAUGAAGAUGGGUUACUCUU